AUGUUCGCAUACGUCAUCGAGAAGUACAUCAAGCCGGAGGAGCUGCCGUCUCGGUUGGUCGAGUGGGAGGAACCGAAGCCGGGCGAGGACGAGGUCUUGGUGGAUGUGCAUUACGCAGGGUUGAACUUCUUCGACAUCUUGCAAGUGCAGGGCAAGUACCAGAACAAGCCUCCAUUCCCCUGGAUCGCCGGCGUCGAGUUCUCCGGCGUCAUCUCCGCCAACUCCCCCAUUCCCGAAGGCUGCGACUUCAUCCCAGGCAAGACGCGCGUCUUCGGCGCCGGCCAAGGCUCCUACGCCGAGAAGAUCAAGAUCGACUGGCGGACUUUGCUCGAGGUCCCUUCGACGAUGGGUAUGGACGAGGCGGCGGGACUGUACAUCACGUUCCCGACGUCGUAUGCGGCGCUUGUGACGCGCGCGAAUACGCAGGAGGACGACUGGGUGCUUGUGCACGCUGCCGCUGGAGGAGUCGGCCUCGCCGCCGUCCAGAUCGCCAAAGCGCUCGGAGCGAAAGUCAUUGCAACCGCAGGCUCGUCCGCCAAACUCGACGUCGCGAAGCAGUUCGGCGCAGACUACGGGAUCGACUACACGAAGGAGGGGUGGCAGAAGGAGGUGAUGGAGAUCACGGAGGGUCACGGAGUCGACGUAGUCUACGAUCCGGUCGGCAUGAUCGUCCCGUCGCUCAAGUGCAUUGCUUGGAACGGCCGCCUCGUCGUCGUCGGAUUCGCCGCCGGCUCAAUCGAGAAGAUCCCUGCCAACCUCCUCCUGCUCAAGAACUGCUCGGCGAUGGGUGUCUUCUGGGGCGCCUACGUGAAGAACGAGCCCAACGUCGUCCCCGAAGUCUGGGGCGCGCUGCUCGACAUGUUCGAGAAGAAGCAGAUCCGUGGGACCGUCUUUGAGAAGCUCUACGACGGACUUGCGGCGGUGCCGGAGGGCUUGAGGGCGUUGGGGAGCAGGGAGACUUGGGGGAAGGCGGUCGUGAAGGUCCAGGGUGGAAGGGAGGGGAAGCUGUAG